AUGGGCCUCGGCUGGCUGCUGGUCCUGCUGACGGCUCUGCCCCGGGGCGCGACAGGGGCCAAGCGGUGCAUCUUCUGUGACUUCACCGAGUCGGCCACCUGCCCCGGCGUCCCCAUGACCUGCGGCGACGACGAGGACUGCUUCACGGGCCAGGGCGUGCUCCCCGGCCUCGGGCGCGUCACCAACAAGGGCUGCAUGCUCGCCGUGUCGUGCGGCCGCCGGGACGAGCCUGUCCUCUACCAGGGCGCCACCUACAACAUGGUCUCCACCUGCUGCUCCGGCGACCUGUGCAACGGGCUAUCAGAUGGGCUUCCUUACACCCCACCAGCUCUCUUUCAUUUCCAAGGAGAAAUAGAUCGAGGGCAUAAAUGCAGUGAACAAAUCAGUGGAGUUCAGUGUAUCUCGCAACUUGUCCAUGAAGAAUGA